GGCUGGUUGCGGUCACGUUGAACUCUCCUGAGAAACCUUGGGUGCGAACAAAUGACAUUUCCUCGUUUUGCAGACGCCGAAUUCAAACUUUUCUGCUAUCGGGACUAUUUUACCCACGGUCUGAAUGAUGGAUUUACGAAGUUUCCUCCCAGCUCUCCUUCUCCUCUUUGUGUUAACGACCGUGCUCGUCCAGACUGCCUCACCUGGCGAAGCGUGUGAGGUUAAGAACGGAACAAGCUGUGAGGAAUGUCUGAAGAAUGUGUCGUGUCUUUGGUGUAUCAAAACCAAAUUAUGUAUAACAUAUCCUGUGAAGACCAUUCUUCCACCUCAUGCACUCUGUCCACUGAAUGAUGCACGCUGGGGACUCUGCUGGAUGAACUUCCAGAUACUGAUAAUCACCUUGGCGGUGGUGGGUGGCAUCAUCAUCAUUGCCUUCCUGGUCUGCCUUUUCUGCUGCUGCAAGUGUGAGAACUUUGGAUCCAACAGGUUUGCAGCCAAAAUGGAGAGACAGGCCAACAAGACAAAGACUAAACAAGAGGAAAGGAGGGCAGAGAUGAAAGAGAGGCAUGAUGAAAUUAGAAAGAAAUACGGUCUCAGCGGAGCAAAUCCGUAUUCCCGAUUUGCAUGAAAUGAUCAGCAAAAUUAGACUUGACCUUUUAUCCAUCACCCAGUGGACACCAACAUAAGAGACCCUUGCCAUGCAGUUCUAUGGAUAGACAUUGAGUAAAGAACUAAAAAAGCAUUUCCAUCAAAAUUUUCAGAGAGAUGAAAUUGGCUUUAUUCAGGCAAACCCCCACUCCAUCCAGCCAAUGCACAAGCCCCUGUAAAGAAUGCAGUAUUCCCUGUAAUGAUCGUAAUGACUAAUGUAAAAGGCUAGAAUGGGCAGAAGUAGCAGCACUGACAGUACCAUACUGUGGUAUCUGCAAUAUGUUAUUUCCUGUAUGUUUAUUCUAACAAUACUUCCUGCUUAACAUGACUUCUUAUUGUACAUUUUGGACUAUUCCAUCCAGUUGUUCUCAGUUUGCCUUCAUGCAUGCUGUUGUUCAAAAGAGCUGUUACUCUCUGAUUCAGAGAUUUUCUCUCAAUGUUAUUUAUAUAUUUGUAUUUUCUGCAAUUCUGCUCUUUUAAAAUUGACUUCUUCACCUUCCAAGGUAUCUCUAAUGCCUUGUUACUGUAGGUUAGAUUUAGUGCAAUAAAAAUCUUCAUCCACUGGUAUCCAGCUUAAGCUUUAAGAAUGUUAUUUUGCAAUUAGCUAAAAGGAUAUCUGAACCCUUGCACACUGAAUGGACAAAUCCCUUUAUGUAGCAUGAAUGGCUAAAUGUUGAACUAAUGUGAAAUCCAUAGUAGGCUUUAUAAACUGCGGGGCUUGUGACGUGGGCAUAAUUGCACUCUAUACAAGCAAUACUGGAGAAACUGUGUCUGUUGAGGCCUGUUUAACUUUUAAUAAAAUCUAACUUC